GAGCACAAACACGAGCUGCACAAGGUCAGUUUGGCCAUGGAGUCAGAUGAGGGCACUUUCUCGCCGCAUGGGUUGACCUAUUCGGGCUCCAAUCCGAUUGGGAAGUGUAUAAUGAGCGAGAUAUUAAAGAUGUUGGCGCCGCUAAACUCCACUAAUCUGUACCCGGAGACCAAAGGGCCCGACAUCGGUGAGCUGAUGCAGAAGGGCGUACCCGGCAGUCACAUCCAGACCCAUAACGAACACUACUUUUACUUUCAUCACACGAAUGGCGAUACGAUGACAGUGAUGGACACGGAUGAGUUGGACAGAAACACGGCAGUGAUCACCGCCACCGCAUAUGCCGUCGCAUCAAUUGAUACUUAUGUAUUGUCGUUAACUAUCGGUUCCAUUAAAUGUAAUCCAAAAACAUUUGAUGACAGUAUUUGUGAUUCAUUGCCAAAAUUUACACAUGAGUUGCGCGAAGAGAUCCGCAAUUUGUCGACAGAUGUGAACAAAAUCAUUGAUUUUGUGAUGACUGGCGCCGAUCGGGGCGUCACUUACGACGAGUUGGCCGUAUUUAUUGACAAGUUUGGGUCGAGAUUUGUUGGAACUGCUAAUCUCGAGAACUCUAUUGAUUAUAUGCUCGACCGCUUGACCAGAGAGGGGCACGAUAUUGUGGGCAGUGAAAAGUUGAGUGUUCCUAUUUGGCAAAGAGGCAAAGAAUGGGCACAAAUGGUUAGCCCGUUUGAGAAGAAGCUAAACAUAUUGGGUUUGGGAUACAGUGUGGGCACAAAUGGCCGCGUAUUGAGAGGUGAUGUGGUUGUCGUCAAAUCAUUUGACGAAUUGAAGCAACGAUCGCAUGAAGUGAAGGGAAAGUUUGUUGUCUUCAACUACGCCUACGAGAGCUACAACACGGCCGCUCCGUAUAGACUUAACGGCGCGUCUGAAGCGGCCAAAUAUGGGGCCAUCGCUGCACUCAUUCGUUCGGUUACUGAUUUUUCAAUAGACUCGCCGCAUACGGGAGCAAAUGAAUAUAAAUACAAAAAUGCACCAAAAAUACCGGCCGUCAGUAUAACCGUUGAGGACGCGGAAUUGUUUGGCCGACUUUGUGCCCGA